UUACAAACUGUCUUAAAUGGAAAUAAAUAGAGGUUUUCCUGUCCUGGUUAGACCUCGCACAGCGGUUAUCACUCAAUCUCACUUCCUCUUCGAGAAAAAAGAUAAGCAAUCCAAAAAUGGCCUCGCCUGCUGCAAAGUGGAUUCAUUGCUGCCUACGACAAUGGCUACAGCUCUGUUUCUGGUAUUGGUCCCUCGUCUUCUUCAUAGCCCAGCUAUAUGUAUCGGUGUUCAGCCUACCUGGUCUUUUCGAUCUAGCGGCUGUUGCCGAGAGAGCAAUUCCGGAUGAAGCCGCACAAAGGAAGUUGCACGGUACACGUGCAGUCCUGAUUACUCAUACGGCCAUCUUCAUAUUCAAUCAACUCUGCUUCCUUUGCCUACCGUGCUUUAGAAGCAGUGCCUAUACCAGGAUUUGUGUUCUCUCUAUGUCGAUACUGGCUGAUGUCGUCGUACUUGCGAUUGUGGUACGGUUCACGCUAGAUAUAGGUGAUAGCCUGAUUUAUCUAAAAUACCGUUCUGGGGCUCUGAGAACCUGUGUUUGGUCGAUUGUCUCAACGGCUUUGGAUCUCAUGCACAAAAUCCUGGUCAUCUCACUCCACACAUGGCUUGUGCCGAAGCGAUUUAGGACACCUUUCCAUUAUGAGCCGACUUUAUAUGGUAAAAGAAGACGACCACCUACAAUACAAGAGGUGGCUCUACAGGUCCGCAAUGAUGCUUCGACGGCCCUAGCGAAUUCCAAUCCGCUAGCCAACCUUUUUGAGAAGCAUGAGAAUCUGAGACUGUCACUGAAUUCUUCGGGGAACAUGGCAAUACAGGCAAUUCCCAACGUUAUACAAAUCCGCGUAUCUGUGGAUGAACCUGGGCCGCAGAUUCGCCCCUCAUUACACUACUGGGAUGUUUACGAACCUAUCGUAGCGAUCACAAGGUUUAUCCGUCUAUGGUUUUCUGCCUUCAUUGCUGUCGCCUGUGCCGUAUUCGAAUUCACUCUCUGGGGGCUCCGGCAUCAGCUUGGCUACACCUAUACAUGGGAUCAACUUAUUGAGCUUUUAUAUCCUAUCCCUCUUCUCCUAUACGUCAUUACCUACUAUGUCCUUAUUCGUUUUCGGAUGUUUCCAGCGUACCGAGUAUGUUGGAUACUGAGGCUAGACCAACUGCUUGGGGUAACAUUCUGCUUGAGUCUACUUUUGGGUAUAGUGGCGAACUGGGUUUCCGAGUCUAAGCACGAUAUCGGUGAUUUGAUCAUGUUUCGCGUGUUUAUUCACGGAUUUCUACCGCCUUUUUAUAUUGCCACGUAUAUCGCGUAUAUCUAAACGCUCUUUCAUUGUUUAGAGCACUCUCCUCAGAGGAGAUGAUUUCCAAGAGCCACGCAUACCCUACAUUUAAUUCCAUGCCAUCGCAUACCAUGCAAAGUUCGGAAACUAUAAUUACCC